CUGUGCAGAUCCCAGGCGCAGCAGCCGCCAUGUUGGAUCGUGGAGGUUGAUGUAAGUUUAGUACUAGGAAGUCUCAUCGUCUGCAAGAAAGAAUUGGACUCACACCCGGAAUCUUUUGGUCCGGAUUGUUCCUAUAUACCAUGCUAUAGCCCCCGAUGGUCGCCCCAGGGGAGUGGAGCGGUGGACGCAUGCGGUACAGCCCCGUAGUCCACCCGGUAAUAUUUAAUGUCCACGCUUUGUUUUAACUUUAUUUUCUGACACCGAAUCGUCAAAAUCUGGAGGUGGUGGUCUGGGUGGAUGGAGAGGUGGUGAUGAGGAGGAGGGAGACUUGGUUCGGUCUGGAAUAACUCGUUCAGGAAAAUACGCUGAUUUAUGUGAGCCGAGGAUGAGAGUAUAAUCAAAGUUCUCUUGCGGGACUCGUGCUGAUUCAGACCAGGACUAGACUAGACCAGACCUGACCAGUCGAGACCAGGCCCAGGCCCAGGACCCGACCCGGACCAUGGGCUGCGUGGAGAGCAAGGCGGACAAGGAGGCGAAAGCCAAGUGUCGCCCGGAGACCUCCCCACAGGCGCCGGACCCCGCCUCGGCCGCGUCACCUCACAUGACCGGCCCGUACGGCCCGGACCCCACCCAGAACCCCCCCGCCCAGCCCUCCACCUGCGGCGGGGCCGCCGGCGCCUUCAACCACGCCAUGACGCCGUUUGGCGGCGCCUCCAUCAUGACCCCGUUCGGGGGAGCGUCCGCCUUCUCCGCCGCCAUACCCAGCUCCUUCUCCGGGACCAUCUCCGGGGGCGUGACGUUCUUCGUGGCGCUGUACGACUAUGAGGCGCGGACGUCGGACGACCUCUCGUUCAAAAAAGGAGACCGCUUCCAGAUCAUCAACAACACUGAGGGAGAAUGGUGGGAGGCACACUCCAUCAGCAGUGGUCAGAAGGGCUACAUCCCCAGUAACUACGUAGCCCCUGCUGACUCCAUCCAGGCCGAGGAGUGGUAUUUUGGUAAGAUGGGCCGUAAAGACGCAGAGCGGCUGAUUCUGAACCCGGGGAACAACAGAGGAACGUUCCUGGUACGAGAGAGCGAGACCACCAAAGGCGCGUACUCGCUGUCGAUCCGGGACUGGGACGAGGUCAAAGGUGACAGCGUGAAACACUACAAGGUCCGCAAACUGGACAGCGGAGGGUAUUACAUCACCACCAGAGCUCAGUUCCACACCCUGCAGAAACUAGUCAAACACUACACAGAGCACGCAGACGGGCUGUGCCACCGUCUGACGGCGGUGUGUCCCACGGUGAAGCCCCAGACGCAGGGCCUGGCGCGGGACGCCUGGGAGAUCCCCCGGGACUCGCUCCGCCUGGAGCUCCGGUUGGGACAGGGCUGCUUCGGAGACGUCUGGAUGGGGACGUGGAACGGGACCACCAAGGUGGCCAUCAAGACGCUGAAGCCCGGGACCAUGUCCCCGGAAGCCUUCCUCCAGGAGGCCCAGAUCAUGAAGAAGCUCCGGCACGACAAGCUGGUGCCGCUGUUCGCCGUGGUCUCGGAGGAGCCCAUCUACAUCGUCACAGAGUACAUGGCCAAAGGAAGUUUGCUUGACUUCCUCAAGGAGGGCGACGGGAAAUUCAUGAAGCUGCCCAUGCUGGUUGACAUGGCCGCUCAGAUCGCUGAUGGGAUGGCCUUCAUCGAGAGGAUGAACUACAUCCACCGGGACCUGCGUGCCGCCAACAUCCUGGUCGGAGACAACCUGGUCUGCAAGAUCGCUGACUUUGGUCUGGCGCGGCUCAUCGAGGACAACGAGUACACUGCCAGGCAAGGAGCCAAGUUUCCCAUUAAGUGGACAGCUCCAGAAGCAGCUCUCUACGGCCGCUUCACCAUCAAGUCUGACGUCUGGUCUUUCGCCAUCCUGCUCACGGAGCUGGUCACUAAAGGAAGAGUUCCCUACCCAGGGAUGGUGAACCGGGAGGUGCUGGAGCAGGUGGAGCGGGGCUACCGCAUGCCCUGCCCCCAGGGCUGUCCCGAGUCCCUCCACGACAUGAUGCAGCUCUGCUGGAAGAAGGAGCCUGACGAGAGGCCCACCUUCGAGUACAUCCAGUCCUUCCUGGAGGACUACUUUACCGCCACCGAGCCGCAGUACCAGCCUGGCGACAACCUGUAGUAUCCCUCCACCUGGGGACAACCUAUAGUGCUUUUUCCCUCCCCCCUGAGGCCUGAUGACGACCUUUAGUCUUAUAGUAUCCCUUCAACCACCCUCACCGCCAAUUACAGCCCUGUAUCCCUCCGCCGGAUGUCAGCACGUUGUCCUGUAUCCCCUGGCCCCGGCCCCAUAACCACCAAUGGCCCCGUAUCCCUCCGCCACACGGAACAGGAAGUUAAAUUCAAGGGGAGGGGCUACUGAUCAUUGUGAGAACCACAACAUGUCAUUUUCUUCAGCACAAGAGGCGUGGCCUAGUUCAAACGACUCUACGCAAUUGGCUGCUUGCCGUCGCUCGCCUGUCGUCAUUGUGUUAAACCAGCCAAUAGCGCGCCAGGGAGAAAAGCCAGCUUGGUGAUUGGCUCCCGCAAAAGCGUAUCGGAAGCAGGAAGAAAUGCAUUGAUCCUCUCCAGGCCCUGCUGCAGGGCGAAUUCAAAUCGCCCGCAGAACGGGCUGGGGGUACCCAGUCUAAUUGAGAAUGGUUUUGCACGUUCUUUUGUACCGCAGAUCUUUUUAUUUUGGCUGUGUGGUGUAGAGGUCGCAGGUCACAUUCUCCCACAACAAUACUGUGUAAAUGGACACUGUGGAAGGAAGUGAUGAUGGAUUUAAUUUGUAAGUAAAGGGUGGUGUUAUUCCCCCUCUUUAAUAUAUAUAUAUAUAUAUACAUAUAUAAAUACUAUCUCUUAUAUAUCUUGGGAUAAAAUGUAAAAAAAAUACAUUGUUAUAAGGUCUGAAACUUUUUUCUACAACUUGCGGACAAAUGCCCAGUUCACGGCAGAGGACAGCGGUUAUAGCGCUGCGACGCGGUCCUCAUCAUGUACACCGCAAACAGGAACACACUCGCUAAGUUAGUCCUUGUUUGAGAUCCAUUCCCAGAAACAAAACAAUUGGAUCAUGACCUAUGAUAUCAGCAUUUUGCCUGAUUUGCAGGCACAUUUCUUCAUUUCCAUUGUUUUAGGACCUUUGGGACUGGACAUGAGAGAACAGCAGUGUGUGUUUGGGUUCACCUAACCUUACAGCUCAUGGUACUGCUUAUAUGGGGUAUUUUCUCUGAACUACUCUACAUAGGAAACUAAUGUUUCACCAUUCCUACAAUACCCCUUGACGUACAAGUGACACCAGGGAGUGAGUGAGUGAGUGAGUGAGUACCAUGUCCAAAUAAAACUAAAUGAAUAUCCAUGAUGUGUGGACCACCAUCACCAAGAGAGAGACGUUAUCAGAAGGACCUGCUAAACACUCCUGAAUCACCUGCUGUAGGGAAGUGACUUUCUACGGAAAUAACCUUUUCUUGUUGAAAAGGUUAAAAACAGGAAUUGGUUUUGUAUGAAGCCAGGUAAAACCAUUCACGCCUCAAAGACUUUCCUCAACAGGCCUAUAAUAAACCGACAAGCUUUUAAAAAAGGGCUUUUUACAUAUUGAUAUGUCUGCAUUUUAUAAUAAGUAAUUAAACAACGGUUGGUAGCAAAUGUUGGGGCGGGGGAAAAGUUAAAUAUUCAACUGAAAUAUUUGUACAAUAAAAAUAAAUCGACUAUAGAAAGUGAUUUGGUGUUCG